AUGACUUGGCUCUGCAUAAUACACAGCUACUUCGGCAGUACUGUAAAUGGGAUGAGGACCGACUACCUACAUUGGGAAUUUGGAUCAAAACGUGGGCAAAGCGAUGUGGAGUGGGAGAUGCUUCAAAGGAGAACCGAGCCAGUGCGAAUGCUACCUUUCCUACAAUUUGGUAUGCAAAGCUUGUCGGAAGAAAAGUAUGUUAAUGGGUGGAAUGUGGACUUUUGGAAAUUUGUGGAUGUGGGACAAUCGCAACGGAUUGGAAUAAGCACCUAUGAGCUUUUUGUCGGAUUUUUAGAUUAUUUUUCAAAUCAUUUUCAGUAUGACAAACAUAUGAUACAAAUCAACACGCCCGGUAAUGUAAUGAAGAUGGGACGAUGGUAUAGAUGUCCGCUUGUAAUCAGAGAUCCGUUUGAGUUGGACCACAAUCUGGCACAAGGAGUAGAUGAAGAAAUGUUUCGUUACAUACGAUCGUGCAUGAAACAUUCUCGUCGUGUAUUCAUGGAUCAAAGCUUGCGCGCGGAAUUUCUCAUAUCGAAAGGUUUCCGUAGAGGAACAUUGGAUAAAGUUCGUAUGAAUGAUGACCUGUUAAGGGAGUAUGGAGCUCACCUGCUACAUGCUUGUGUUCCUGUGCAGCAACCUCCAUGGCGACAGUUCAAUGAUCGGGAUCGAACAAUGAGCUCCAGUACCAACACAAGUGCAUCCUGAAAAUGCUCAAACAUGGAGGAGUUCAAAACAAAAAACAAAACCUCUGGAAUACUGUAAACAUGUUUUAUAUCAUUCUGCAUGUAUGCUUUUUUCUUCUUUUCGUUCCUUCACAUUCAUCCUUUUGUCACUUUUUGAACUAAAAUGAAAAAAAAUUUUUUUUCUUUAAGACAUUUUAAUGCGUUUUGCAUCUUAUCAUACUUUCAAUUUAGAAAAAACCAUAAAAAAUGUAAAUAGUACCAAACGUCGUUGUUUUGGCUCAUCCGUACGUAGUUUCAAUCAAAUGAAAACUCUAAUGCGGAAUUCCAAGCCAGUAUAGUUGACUGCACGGGAUCGCUCAGGCUGAACGCCCGCGAGCGUGUCUUUUGCGGGCUAACAUUGCCUCGCGCGCAUGACUCAUUAUAACGUCCGUACUCGGCAGCCGCGCUGCAGGCACGCUCGUAUGAGUUCAGCCUACAGCGAUUUGGGCGAUUUCGUGCAGUCGACUAUACCGCUGCCAACGUUAAAAAUUUGAAAAAAAGCAACAUUGAACGAACAUAUGAUUUUUUUUGACUUUUGCCAUCUCCAGUAGCAACGUCUUGUUCUCUUUUCGUAUAUAUCUUGUAUGUUACCCUUCUUUUCAUCUCUGAGCGGCUGGAGUCUGCGUUCAUUUAUUUAUGCUGUAAUUUAAGCUGCUUUUACAUCAUCUCAGAAGUUUUCCUCUAAGUACCUUUUGCGUGUCUUUAUGCGCUUGUAAUUAUUGUAUCGUAUCAGAUCUACAUAAUCAUCAUAUACUUAAUUUUGCGAGUUUACAGCUUAGAAAGGAUCAAAAUUAGUUAAUAAUUUUUGAGAAAAAGCUGGUUGUAAACUUGCAACUGGAAAACCUGGUGUGACUUAAUCGGUUAUACUUGUGUAAUGUCAUGUCGAAAUAUGUGCAUUAUUUGCUUUAUUCUGCUCCUUAAUUAUGGCCUUGUGUUUUCAUUGAAGUAAUAACGUCAUUCAGUACUGUUCAAAAGGAGACAGUUAUCGUUGCUGUGCAUCAUGUCAUUUUACUAUAUUGAAGCGUUUUCCUCAAUUUAAUUCCUCUUUAUCGUGUUGCCUAGUGUUUUCUGCAACCUCCUGAUUUGUAAAUUCACUACCAUCAUCUAUGUCUUGAUAUGUCAUGUAAUUCGCAGUCCUAGGUAGUGAACUGAUCUGCAUCUGGUAAUUUGCACCAGUUCUUAUGUAUGAAUUUUUUCUUCUUUUUUUUCAAUUUGCAGUAAUGUUAUCCUCAUUCCUUCGGCUCAAGAUGUGACGCGUUU